AUGAAGGUUUUAUUCUACUCUGUUUCAACUCUAUUACUACUUCAAGUGUCCAGUGGAGAUGUUAUGAAUGGCACAAUGAAAUUGAUGAUGGUGCAGGCUUUAUGGAGACACGGAGAUCGGACACCAACUGAAACCUAUCAUAACGAUCAGUUCAAAGAACAGGAUUGGGUGUUUGGAGGAGGUGGAUGGGGUCAAUUGACACCGAUUGGGAUGAGACAGCACAUGCAAUUGGGUCAAAAACUAAGAGCUCGUUAUGUUAACGGCCAACCUUAUCAAUUCCUUAACCGACGUUACGAUCAACAAGAAAUUUUUGUUAGAUCUACUGAUAAAAAUAGAACUCUACUUUCGGCUUACUCGAAUAUGGUUGGGAUGUACGGAAGUAAUAACGAGAAUGUCUCACUCCCAGGAUAUGACUAUCCGGACGUUCCUGGGUGGCCAGUAGGCUUUGUCCCAAUUCCAAUUCACACUAUUCCUGAUGCCGAAGAUCAUCUCCUCUCCGUUGACAACGCUUGUGCCUUACAAGAUACAAUUUGGGAGAUGGCAAAAACCACAGACAUCGUCUCCAGUUACUUCAAUCGUUCAGAUGUUAAAGCUUUGAUGGGAAAUCUGACGAAUUACUGUGGAGAAGAUAUCAAUCCAGAGAACCUGUGGAUCCUUUUUAACGCUCUGAAAAUUGAAAAGCAGUACUAUCCAUUGAAAUUCCAGCAGACGACUCCAUGGUAUUCUGACAGUUUGUUUGAACAGAUAGAUAUUGUCAAUUCGCAAGUUCAAGAUUUCCAGAAUGGAUUGGGAUUAGAAGGUGUGAUUAAAAAUGGAAUCGAUAUUGGAAAGUAUCUUCGAAAGAUUCGUGGAGGGACCUUGGUCAAUGAUAUUUACAAUCAUAUGAAUAGAAAAACGCAGUGUGCUUCGAACAACGGAAAAGAGUGUACAUACACUAAUAGAUUGAAAUUCUUCGCAUACUCUGCUCAUGACACUACACUAUACGCCCUUUUCUCUUUGCUCGGAGUCGCUCAUCUAGCUGUUCAGCCACGUGGAUAUCCACUGUAUUCGGCAUGUGUUAUCAUGGAACAAUGGCAAGAUUUACAAACAAAUCAGACUUAUUUCAAGAUGAUCUACCAUCGUCACGAAAACGAUACUUUGAAUAAUGUGAUUACUUCUGGAAUCCCUGGAUGCAAUGGAAAUGAUUAUUGUCCACUGUCAGUUCUCAAGAACUAUUCCGACGUCUAUAAACCAGAAAUGGAAAUGAAUCAGUGGUGCAACUAUAACAUGUUUGGAUCUUCUGCCAUGGCUUCUCCGUUCUCAUCUCUUCUGAUUCUCGCUCUCUUCUAUUUAUUUGCCUCUAAUUAA